CUUGACCUCAACAAUUGGGAUAUCGUGACCUGAGCCGAAGUCGGACGCUUAACGGACUGAGCCACCAGGUGCAGCCCAGCCUAGAUUCAUAUUUUUAAGGCUCCAGAUUGGUCCCCACACCCCUGCCCUCAAGAACCCCGGGCUGGUUUCGGCUCAACCCGAGAAGGACAGUGGGAGAAGGGUUGCCUCCAAAGGAUCCUCAGGCUGGGCCACGGGAGGACCCCCCUCCUCCUGCAGGGAGGGCACACAGAGCCCACGCCUCUGGCCCCUGUGAGGAUGCACAUCACAAUGGCUGUUCCACCUGAGCCAGGCCCUGGGAGAGGCACCAGGCAGGCAGGUACUCUGGCCCAAGGGCACCCAGGCCUCGCCAUGGGGACUCCAGAUAUGCGCUCCGCUGCUCAGAGCUUGGAACCUGCCGCUGCUGGGAUACCGUUGCUGGAACAAAACACGUCCAGGACACCAAGAUGGAACCAUCCCCAGGAGCGUCCUCGUCCUCGUCCCCCUCCUCCUCCUGGUCCUUGGCCUCCAAGAGUUCAAGGGCCUCCUCCAAUAUAUGUCCAAGGCCCCCCGGCCAUUCACCCGGCCACCACCCAAGCCCCCCUUUUCUCCGCACACCCGAGACUGCGGACGUGGUUGCAGGGCUUAAACAGCUAAACACAUUUUUUGGCCCCGCUGUACAAACGCGAGAGGAUGACACAAGAACGCCAGCAGCUCUGUUCACCAGAAUGCCUAGGAUGGGCCCUGCCAUCCCGGUACAGUCCAUAUGUCACUACUGUGGGAACCGCAUCAUAACAGUGACCACCCCGGUCCCAGGGGUUCUCACCUGGCUGCUGUGUACAGGUCUUUUUGUGCUUGGGUGCUUCCUGGGCUGCUGCUUCCUCCCCUUCUGUAUGGACAGCUUGAUGGACGUGAAGCACACGUGCCCCGUGUGCCAGCAAGAGCUCUUCUGCUACCACCGCCUGUGAAGGUCCACCAAAUAAACGUCCACCGAGUGACUUCUGCCUGCUCGCGUCUGUCCUGCUGGGG